AUGAGCACUAGGCCCGCGCCACUCCUUGUGCCGGGCCCUGCGGGUGGGACCCGGAACCGAGACCGGCGCCCGACGGCCCACAAAGCUCUGCACCCCACUCCGCGCCUCUUCCGGCGGAACCAGGCCUGGCUAAUCGAGCGCGGCGGCUCGGCGCUCGACUGGCGGCGCCUGCGCACGCGGCCAAGAUCCAGGGAGAAGGAGGGAUUGCGUGGCCAUCGCCCCUGCGGGGCUCGGAAAACGCAAGGUUCAGAAGCUGCUAGGCCCCCAAAAAAGAAAAAGAAGAAAACACAAAAGAAGUUGCAGGAGCAGGAAGAGAAGGCUGAGCACAAGGCCAAGCGCCUGCGGGAGAAGUCUCCAGCAGCUUCUGAGGCCAAAAAGCCACUAGCUGCAGCUGCAGAGGGUGGGGCUUCUAGCUCUGCGGGGGCCACUGCAGGUGGAGUGGCCACGGGGUCUGAUUCCAUCUUUGCCCUGGAUGUUCUGCGACAGCGACUACAUGAGAAGAUUCAGGAGGCCCGGGGCCAGGGCAGCACCAGGGAGCUGUCUGCCACCACUUUGGAGAGAAGGCGCCGGCGAAAGCAGGAACGGGACCGCAAGAAGAGGAAGCGGAAAGAGCUUCGCGCCAAGGAGAAGGCGGCCAAGUCAGAGGAGUCUGUGGGGGCCCCUGCACCAGCCCCGGAGGAGGCCUGCAAGGAGCCCGCAGAUCUGCAGGGCCUGAUCUUCAACAGGGUGGAGGCCAGUGAGGAGGAGCCAGCCAACAAGGCCCAGCGGAGGAAGGAGAAGAGGCAGAAGGUGAAGGGGAAGCUGACUCCGCUGACCGGGAGGAACUACCGGCAGCUGCUGGAGCGCCUGCAGGCACGGCAGGGCCGGCUGGAGCAGCUGCGGGACCAGGACCAGGGCAAGGCCCAGGAGCUUGAGGCCAAGAUGAAGUGGACCAACCUACUGUACAAGGCGGAGGGCGUGAAGAUCCGCGACGAUGAGCACCUGCUGCAGGAGGCGCUCAAGCGCAAGGAGAAGCGCCGGGCGCAGCGCAAGCGCCGCUGGGAGAAGCGCUCCGCCCAGGUGGUAGAGAAGAUGCAACAGCGGCAAGACCGGCGGCGGCAGAACUUGCGCAAGAAGAAGGCGGCCCGGGCCGAGCAGCGCCUGCAGAAGGCCCGCAAGAAGGGCCGGAUCCUGCCCCAGGACCUGGAGCGGGCUGGCCUAGAGUGAGCAGCUCUCCAGACCUUGGGCCCCUCCCUGUAAAGAGGGCACCGGGAAUGAAGAGAGGGCCCAGAUCCUUCAGACCCUGGGGAAGGGCGAGCCAGAUCAAGGUCUGGCAGCUUCUCAAGAAGGGAUCGGUGGAGGGGGGCAUGGGGUGAGCACCUCCCUGGCCCUGCCUCUCCUACUUGUUAGUCCAGCGCUCACUUGGGAGGGGCGAAAAGCCAAAGGGGAGAUGAUUGGCUCCUGUAACCCGGGAGAAGCUGCAGGUCCAGUCAUGGCCGAGUCCUAGGACCGGGACAGAGGCCUCCCUGGUCUCUCCUUGGCUUCUGCCUGUUUCGAUCUCAUUCUCUGCGCUCCUCAGUAGCCUGGAGCGACACCUUCCAGGUCAGAAUCCAAAGGGAAUGAGGCAGCCAUACCUUUCCAUCGUCCCUGGGAGGCCACUGUGUCACAUAGCCACCUCUGGGCCGGAGGCAGUGGUGCUGUGAGGGACAUGCCUUCACUCUCUCCUGGGGUCGGGGGAGGUUUGCUGCUGCCAGGUGGCAGAGGUCAGGACAGGGACAGCAGAUGGUGUCCUUGGAUGCCAGGGUGCAGGAGCGGCCAGUGUGGCCGGUGUUUUCUUCAGUGUCACCCUUACCGAGCAGCUAUUCAAAAAUGAGCCCCCCAAAGCAGCAGCAGCAGCAUGCGUGUCCCUUAGCUCCUGUGCAGGGCACCAGGCGCACACUUGGCUGGACAGUAGUGUGCUGGAUUGAAAAUGUGUCACCACGCUUUUUUGUAAUGACUUGACUGGGCAGCAGGAGACUCUAGGCUUGGUAGGGGACCCAGGCUGAGACAGGAACCCUGCAGCCUGGGAAAAGCUGUAGGUCCAGGCACACCUGGGUCUCUGAGAAGUCACUCGUGCAGCUGCAGGGAGUGUAGCAGGCCACGGCGUCCAGCUCCUGGUCUGUGGACCUGCCUCAGCUCCUUGACCUAAGGCCAGCCCUUCCUGGGCAGCCUCCAGCCAGUGCCAGCCAGUGCCAGGCAGCGAGGGCUUGCGGCAGCUCUGCGUGGCUGUCGGUCCCCCACCCUUUCUCUCACAGGCCUUAUACCUAAUAAACCUUCAAUACCGAACUCCA